UCCGUUGUACCAUACAAUCAUCACCGUCCAGAGUUUCAAAGAGAUCACUAUACUGUUCAGAUUCUGGAAGAUGUUCAGCUAGGCUCUGAAGUGAUCAAAGUUACCGCAACAGAUCAAGAUAGUGGAAACAGAUUAAUCUACACAAUCCAAGGUAGCGCAGACCCAAGAAGCGCUAAGAUGUUCAGGAUGGAUCCUAAUUCUGGUGUCCUGUUCACCACAGAGACUAUGGACUAUGAGACAGUGCCCAUUCAUAUUUUAACUAUCAUGGUUCGUGAUCAGGAAGUUCAAAUCAAAAGGAAUUUUGUGAGGAUUACCAUUCAGGUACAGGACAUCAAUGACCAUUCACCUCACUUCAUUCAC